AGUUUCUGAUGGUCGGGGUGGUGAUGAUCCUAAUUAAAUUAACAAAAUAACCAAGUGCUUUUUUAUUAUCUGUUCUGUAUUACUGCACUGUCCUUUGAGCCGAUUCAUUUUGUGCAUUGGGGGCCGGAUUGGGGUCAUACAUGUUGUUAGCGUCAACAACGAUAGUUGACGCUUGUUGACGCUACCAAGUGUGCCCCACUGAUCCAAUUUCCAAUGCGACGCAUAAACAAAACGAUGGCGGUGUACGAAGUUUUCGCUCACCCUAUUCAACAGAGAUACAAAGCCUCCUUUUGCACUAAAGCGACAGUAUUUAUCGUUGUUAUAUUUUUAUUAACUUUGAUUCCACCAUUUCUUAUUGCUUAUUCAAGUCGAGGAUUCUGGAUAAAAGAGGCCAUCUACAGAGAGCAGCCAGAAGUUCAUUUCAAGCAUGAGUUACUUCUAAUUUUAGAAACUUCAACAUCAUAUGUUGCAUGGAGCACAUAUGAAAAUUUUAAUCAACUUGAGCAGUCUCAACUUGUUGUUCCGGUUGUUAAGACAAGAGAAGAAGAUAGCAAUAGAGAUGGAAAACCAGACCAAUUGGAUUAUAGCAUCCAGGUUCCAUUACUAGACACACAAGAGGUUUAUUCAGUCAAGCUUCUUCUUAUAUUUGAUUACCGAUUGUAUGUAAGUAUACUGUAUAUCUUUAAUAAUGUAAUCAACUGUGGUUUAACAAAAAUAGCUCCUCCCUCCACA